GCCAUUUACUCCCCCUUCCCCGCUUCCCCCCACACCAAACCUUCUCUGGCUCCCUGACCUCAGUGAGACUACAGCUCAUCUGGGGACCUGCGGGAGACAUGGAGAAAGAGACGGGGGACCCCCUGGCUGGAGCUGACCAAGGGAAUAGGCAGCCAUGGCUGGUGAAAUGGAUAUCAGAAUAAUGUUUGACCUCUGGAAACACCAAAUUUCUUUUUUCAGUCACUUACAGGACAUCCGGUCAAAAUUCACUAGGUAGGAGGGUCAGCAGCUGGAAAGAACCGGAGCCUGGGGGGACCUGGCUGGAUAGGUAUGGGGGAUCCAGGCCAGCCCCCUAAUCCCCGGUCCCCCCAUGGCAGUCCCCCAACUCUAAGCACUCUCACUCUCCUGCUGCUCCUCUGUGGACAUGCUCAUUCUCAAUGCAAGAUCCUACGCUGCAAUGCUGAGUAUGUAUCGUCCACCCUGAGCCUCAGAGGUGGGGGUUCACCAGGAGGGCUUCCAGGAGGCAGCGGCGGCGGCCGAGGUGGAGGCGUGGGCUCAGGCGGCCUCUGUCGAGCCCUCCGCUCCUACGCGCUCUGCACUCGGCGCACCGCCCGCACCUGCCGCGGGGACCUCGCCUUCCAUUCUGCUGUGCAUGGUAUCGAAGACCUGAUGAUUCAGCACAACUGCUCCCGUCAGGGCCCUACGGCCCCUCCCCCACCCCGGGGCCCCGCCCUUCCAGGAGCGGGCCUGGGCCAGGGCCUCCCAGCCCCAGACCCCUGUGACUAUGAAGGUCGGUUUUCUCGGCUACACGGUCAUCCCCCGAGUUUCUUGCAUUGCGCCUCCUUCGGGGACCCUCACGUGCGCAGCUUCCACCACCACUUUCACACGUGCCGUGUUCAGGGAGCUUGGCCCCUGCUGGAUAACGACUUCCUCUUUGUCCAGGCCACCAGCUCCCCCGUGGCAUUGGGGGCCAACGCUACCACCACCCGGAAGCUCACCAUCAUAUUUAAGAACAUGCAGGAAUGCAUUGAUCAGAAGGUCUACCAAGCUGAGGUGGACAAUCUUCCUGCAGCCUUUGAAGAUGGUUCUGUCAAUGGAGGUGACCGACCUGGGGGCUCAAGUUUGUCCAUUCAUACUGCUAACCCUGGGAGCCAUGUGGAGAUCCGUGCUGCCUAUAUUGGCACAACUAUAAUCAUUCGGCAGACAGCUGGGCAGCUCUCCUUCUCCAUCAAGGCUGCAGAGGAUGUGGCCAGGGCCUUUUCAGCAGAGCAGGACCUGCAGCUCUGUGUUGGGGGGUGCCCUCCAAGUCAGCAACUCUCUCGCUCAGAGAGCAAUCGUCGUGGAGCUAUAACUGUUGAUACUGCCAGACAGCUGUGCAAGGAAGGGCUUCCAGUGGAAGAUGCUUACUUCCAUUCCUGUGUCUUUGAUGUUUUAAUCUCUGGUGACCCCAACUUUACUGUGGCAGCUCAGGAAGCUCUGGAGGAUGCCAGAGCCUUCCUGCCAGACUUAGAGAAGCUGCAUCUCUUCCCCUCAGAUGCUGGGAUUCCUCUCUCCUCAGCAACACUCCUAGCCCCACUCCUUUCUGGGCUCUUUGUUCUAUGGCUUUGCAUUCAAUAAGUAGGCCAGCAAACCCAUAACUAGUUUGGAAAUGAUUUGGGGAUAGAAAUUGACAUGGAGGAACAUAAAGAAAUGCUAAAGGAAACAGUGGGGACUAGAAGACACAUGAAACAAUGACAUUUAUCCAGAGUUAGAUGAGGCUGCAGUCCAGGGUUGAAAUAAUCACAGAAUACGGAUUCUGGGCAAGGUUUCUCCAUGUCAGAUCCCUGUAGGGGCUUUUCACCAAUUUUCCCAGUUCCGUUUAUAGUAAGCAAUUGUUCCAAUCCAUCUACUGCUGAGAUCACCCCUACAAGCUUAGAGGUUAUAUGGUUCCUAAUGAUCAGUAAGAAACUUAAUGGUUGAGAUUUUAAAGAUGUAAUAACAUAACCCAUAAGAAACUCAAAAGAGAAGAAAAUAAUUAAAGAAGUCUAUUUGAUGAAUAUAUGUGGGUAAGGUAUGUUCUGAUUUCUGGGUUCAGAAAUGAAGCAGGUGUUGUCUGGAUCUUAGGUGAAGGGAACCUCUGCUUUUGAAGAAAGCACUGGCACAGAUAGGACAGAAGCUCUGGUUCCCAUUCCCCAACUAAACUGUUAUUAAAGCUAUAAAUUCUUCACACAGUC